GUUCUAUUUAUUGAUAGUGAUUCCAUCGUUUGACAUUGAAGAUCAAUAUAGUUUAAUAUAAUUUUAAAGAGAAAUUGUGAAUUUACAUAAAGUCUAAUUUUUUAUCACCAAAUCUUCUUACUAAAUUAGAUUAUCCACAAAUAAAUAAGUAUGGCAAGACCACAACCACAAUACGAGCCUGAAGUCAGGAGAUCAGGAAUCAAUGCAAUCCUUUUAGGACCUGCAGGCUCUGGAAAAGGAACUCAGGCUCCUAUUCUUAAAGAAAAGUACUGUGUGUGUCAUCUGAGUACCGGUGACAUGUUGAGGGCUGAAAUCACUGGAGGAUCAAAACUUGGUGCUCAGCUCAAGAAAGUCAUGGAUGAAGGAAAGCUCGUAUCUGAUGAUUUGGUCGUUGACAUGAUUGAUUCCAAUCUUGACAAGCCAGAAUGUAAAAACGGAUUCUUGCUUGAUGGAUUUCCGAGAACUGUCAUACAGGCACAAAAAUUAGAUGAACUGCUUGAAAAAAGGAAAACGGGUCUUGAUGCUGUUGUUGAGUUCGCAAUCGACGAUAGUUUGCUUGUGAAGAGAAUUACUGGACGAUUAAUCCACUCAGCUAGUGGGCGAAGCUAUCACGAUGAGUUCCGUCCUCCAAAAGUAUCAAUGACAGAUGAUGUAACUGGAGAACCGUUGAUUCGUCGCAGUGACGAUAAUGCUGAAGCACUCAAGAAACGUCUUGAAGCAUAUCAUACUCAAACAAGUCCACUCGUUAAUUAUUAUGCAUUAAGGGGGUUACACUAUAAGGUCGAUGCAUCCCAAAGUGCAUCUCGUGUAUUUGAGAAUAUCGAUAGCAUUUUCCUCGGUCAACGUCAGAAACGAGCAGCAUUAUAAACUAGUGAAAUUCAUAAUAAUGCUUUUUAGUGAACACACACGUGACAUGAAUUUAUUUUUAUUAAUUAUUCUAAUGUGUUCAUCAAAAAAACCUCUAAUUUGAUUUAUCUGUAUACAUAAAUAGUAUAUGGCACUCGGUUCAUGUGUUUUUUUACUUUCAACAAAAUUUUGGUGGAUUUUAUUUUGACAAAAAACGUUCUGAUUAUUUUAGACUCCGGUUAUUACAUAAUACAUAUGCCUAUAAAGUAUAUGGAAAUUCCAUAUAUUUAAAAAAUGCUGUGGCAUGGCAAGCUGUUGGGAAAACGAGUUCUCAAUUCAAUCUUUGAGUCCUUAAAUGUAGGAUUGAUCUUUGAAAAAGUUUUAAAUUAUUGAAUCAAAUCAAGAUCGCAUU